GGCUGUGCCGGGGCUCCGGCCGCACCGGCACCGGGCUCCCCGCGGCAGCAGCGGGGCUGGGCUGGGCUGGGCUGGGCUCGGCAGCUCCGGGCUGGGGAAGGGGCGGGAGCGGCGGCGGGGGCAGCCCCGCAGCCCCGGCGGGCAGACGGAGCCGGGAGCCGCUGCGGCAGCGCCGGAGCCCCGAGCGCGCAGCAUCCUCCCCAACUCAAGAUGACGUCGGCCACGCCACUGACCAAUAACACUCAGCUCUCAGUGAAUGUGACCACAAAAUCUCAAGAACAAAGUCUCUAUCAAAGUUCUGGAGCAAUAGUUGCUGCCAUUGUGGUGGGGGUGAUUAUUAUUUUCACAGUGGUGCUGCUCAUCCUGAAAACAUACAACAGGCGCAUGCGAGUGCGGCGGGAGCUGCAACCCAAAGCCUCCAAGCUGGCAGUGCCACCUCCUGUGGGGCACAGCAGCCACAGCCUGGCCCAGCAGCCCUCGGUGACCUUCAUCCCUGUGGACAUCCACCUGCAGAGCAGGUAACCAGGAACUCCUGCCAGAGAAGAGAUGGAAUUGUUAUCCCAUGGAGCUGGGACUCCUCAGCAGAGCUGCACUGGGAGCAGCAAGCAGUUGUUUUUCCUUCUGUAAACUGAUAUAAAUCCUGGUUUCUUGCUUUGGGAGGAAAAACCAGAGGUCUGGACACUUUUCCUGUAACUGAAAUGACAGGUGGAGGUGUAGGAAUCAUCAGGAUGGCAGCGAGGCCUCCUCUGGGUCUGGAUGAACCAGGAAGAGAAGAUGCCCAGGUUUUGGGGGGCUUUUGCUUCCUCAGAGACUCUGAACCCUCUCUGUUCUGCUGAUGAACUGGAGGAAAAGUCUGGACAUGCCCCAAGCUCAGUUUGGACCUGAGUUACAUUCAAGAGGUUUGUGGCUUUUUUUAUACCUGAUG